AUGAAGCCAGCAGAGAUCAGAUUCUCUCUACAGAGACCUCUACAGCACAGACAUCCAGACAUGGCACCUACAAUCACUUCAGCAAUGACCAACUCUCAGGAACAUCUGACUCUGACACACAAGCUCAGAAAGCCUCAGGUGGAGAAGUUACGCAGAGAGCGAAUCAACAGCAGCAUUGAGCAGCUCAAGUCUCUCCUGGGUCCAGAGUUCCUCAAACAAGAGCCAGACUCCAAGCUGGAGAAAGCAGACAUCCUGGAGAUGACAGUUUGUGUCCUCAGACGACUGCAGCAGCAUCAGAUUGUGAACUCAGCAGCUGUCAACCAGGGAUUCUCCAGGUGUGUCCAAGAGACGACACACUUUCUGUCCAGACAGCAAGUGAACAUGAAGUCCCAGAGAAGACUGCUGAACCACUUCAACAAGCUGCAGCCUUCCUCUGAUAAGAACCUGAGAGAGGCUGACUUCUCUCCUCUGAGCUCCACAGUCCAGACCAGCAACACCAAAGAGAAGAGUCCAGUCAACAGCGCCCCCUGGAGGCCGUGGUAGACACCAACAGACUGGAGUUACUACCAGACAAACUGAGACGACCACAUUGGUCAAAGAAUACUGGACUGAAAUCUAUGAGAUUUUAUGAAAAUGUUUUUCUUCAAUUCUUGUCAUGCAUGUUGCAUGAUCCAAAUCUAAUUGCUUCAGCAAUUGUUUUAUAUCACUGUACUUUAUGUAUAGCUGGUAUAUGAUCCGGUUACAUUUGUAAUCCUUUAAUAUUAUUGAUCAUACUGAUCAAAAACAUUGACCUGUCCUAUUGAAGACAUAUUGUCAUCAAGGAUCUUCAUUUGAUAUUUUAUAACUGAUCUGUUGUAAG